CCUUCCAACUUUUUUUUACAAAUUCGUCAACGUCGUUCCACCCACAAACAAAAAUUCAGUGGUAUUGUGAUUUUACAAAAUAAACAAAUAUAGUGGGUUCAUCAAAGAAACGUUUAUUGGCGGAUGUGGUACUUUGUCGAGAUUCUUCUUCCCCAAUUUGACAACAACAAUGUCGUCUAAGCAAACCAUCGACAAGGAUAAAGCCCCGGAUGGCGUCACGACAAAAGAGCCUGAAGCCAAAGGUUGCGACAAAUUCAAAAAGUUUGCGUACAACAAGGAAACAGGCGAAGUUUUUGGUCGGUCGGGCAAUUCGUGGCUCAAAAUCUUCAUAUUUUACGUCAUUUUCUACAUCGCUUUGGCCGCUUUUUUCUUCUUCUUUCUCUUCGUUUCCUUCUGCUUUAUGCCCGUAGAUAAGCCCAAGUAUAAUGGCGAAGAUAACAUGUUCUUCCGAUCCAACCCUGGUAUGAGUAUUCUACCCACACCAGAAUUCAAACAACAUAACCUCAUCUUUUUCAACGUGGAACCAUCCGCAACAUCAAAAUGGACCGGCCAACUUAAGCAUUUGGACAAGAAGACGAUUGCGAGUUCGUCUUCAAACCAAAUCGAUUGUGGAGGCCUGAACGUGACGACCAACCAAACUACCGUAUGCAAAUUUAACGUCACUGGACUACUCGGUAACUGCACAAGUGACAACCACUUUGGCUAUACUUCUAAAAGCCCUUGCGUUGUCAUCAAGCUGAAUCGGAUUUACGGCUGGACACCACAAACUCCUGGGAAGAAGAAGACGAUUGCAGCAAUCGCAAAAAACGUGACGGAUGAGGCGAUCCAGGAGAACCCAGCUCUUGCGCCCGAGCUGGAUGGGGCCGUGAUGAUUCACUGCAAAACGGAAGAGGAUAAGGAUAAGGGCAUGAUUGAGUCCAUCAAGUACUACCCGAUGCCAGGCAUUCCAAAAUACUACUUUCCAUUUUUGAUCCAGAAAGGUUACGUCACUCCCUACGUCAUGGUUCAGUUUCAGAAUAUCACAGCACCUGAUGGAAAAGGAGUCGCUAUCGAAUGCAGAGCGUACGCGGACAACAUUGCUCAAACUGGAGACAACAAACUGGAGCCAAUCAAAUUCACAUUGCAAAACAAGAACAAGUCGUCUUAAGAGAAGAUGAGUUUCCUCUGAUCAGUAAAAAAAAUUGGCUACCUUUCUUACAAAUUUUCAGUGUAUGUCAAAAUAGUAACAUAUAAAUUAUUUCCAAAAGUAUAGUAACAAAUUCGUAAUAAAUUCGCAUUGUCAGCUUUUA